AAUAUUGCAUCCGUAUACAUUCUCUUCCGUUAUCGUGAAAACCUUCUGUCUGCUCUGAGGAAGACUAUUCGUGGUCUCGUCCUUACCUAUUUUGAGGACAUGCAAUCACGCCAACUUCUUGACUGGUUGCAGAUGCAAUUUGAAUGUUGCGGUAUCGAUGAAUUCCAUCGUGAUUGGUUCACUGGUAGCCAGAUCUCGUCGGCUGAUAAUAAAACUAUCACUGCCCUUGGCUAUAGGGCGAACAUUUGGGUACCAGACAGUUGUUGCUGGGUGGAGUAUAAUGCAAAGAGCAGUCAUGCAGCCCCUCCCAACGAUUGCGGUCUCGGUACUGCGCGAAAACCACGAAGUCCUGCGGAGGAAGGCUUGCCUUUUCUGGUUGGUCUGAGGGCUGCUAAUCUUUGGUAUGCACGAGUGAACAAUGAAGCGUGUCAUGAACAGAUAUACACGCGGUUGAACAAGGCUUCAAUGUAUGGGCUUGUCAUCAUCUACCUGACUGAUAGCAUGAGCUGGAUCCUAAAUUUUCUAUCCGUUUUUGUAUGA